CACUCAUGAUUUAUCGUCGCGAUGUUUAAGUCGUCGCUUCGUACCGAGGAUGAACGAGCUCGCGGCAAUUAGUUUACUCUCCCGUACGCUCGAUUACGAACAUCUUGGCGCGUGGUGCUUCACCAGACUCGAGCCUGCCUCGUGUUGUACGAGAAUAGAACAAUGACGAUUAAUCUAUGAUCGUAUUGACAAUGCUGAACUUUUUUAGAUUAUGAGAGACGGUGAUCUCGCCGAUUGACCUUGCACGAUUACUUGAAAAAUGAUCCAAAUUAGCUCUGAACUCUCAACAAGCAUUCGUUCAAAGCAACGCUAGAGAUAAAGAUUUUUCCAUGCAGACGUCCAACAGUCUCGGUCCAAUUGGGAUUUAAAAAACACAGUCGACCAGACUUAGAGUGCUUGUGAGGUACAAAUUAACGCCUAAAACCAUUUCUUCCGCGAUAAGAUUGGUGACUCGCGCUGCAGCAAUGUUGGCUUAAAUACUUGGAAUACGGCGAGGAUGUGUGGAACGAAAUCCUCGAAUCGGCGGGCAUCAAACACUCUGUUUUCAAUACUCGCCAGGUUUAUCCCGAUACCGUGAUGACGGAUCUGGCAGCAACUUUGGCCACAUGUACUGGACAGUCCAUCGACAGUGUGAUGAACUUCUUUGGCAGAUGUUUCGUCAGGUUUUUCAGCAAUCUCGGGUACGACUGCACGAUAAAGGCGACAGGUAGAUACUUUUGCGACUUCCUACAGAGCGUGGAUAACAUACACAUGCAGAUGCGAUUUACCUACCCGAAGAUGAAGAGUCCCUCUAUGUACAUCACUCAGGAAGAUCCCGAGGGUGUUGUUCUCGUAUACAGAAGUACCAGACAAGGAUUCACCCACUAUUUCAUGGGUCAGUUGUUUCAGAUAGCGGAAGACAUCUAUAAAAUGAAGCUUGACAUAAAGGUCCUCGAGACCUCGACCACGGUACCAGGAUCUCGCAAUGUCCUCGUCAAAUUUCGCAUCGACUUCGACAAUCGAGAAUACAUAGCAUCUAGACAGAAAAAGAAAGUACCAAUGACCCGGCAGCUCCCAUCAGUUCCCUGCAUGGUACUUCUUCGUCUCUUCCCUUUCGGAGUUCUGCUGAACAAAGACAUGUGCAUAAUAGGCGCCGGGGAAAAACUUCUACAGGUUUGGGGUGGCAAUAGCAGUGCGCUCAACAAGCCAGUUACGGAACUCUUCAAGCUGAGGAGGCCAAAGGGCAUCGCUUUCAGUUGGGCAAACGUGAUUAAUCUCCGAUGGGUUUUGUUCGAGUUGGAACUGAUUCGAUCGGCUGAGAAUCAAUUCAAGGGCCCCGUCUCGACAACGCCGAGCGAAACACCGAGCACCAGCAGUGGUUUGGAUCGAAGAGGCAGUCAGGGAGCACGCAGCAUACUUCUCAAGGGACAAAUGAGAUACAUCGAAGAAAUCAAGGCCAUCAUUUUUCUCUGUAGUCCGCUGAUCAACAGCUUGGACGAAUUACCUAACAUGGGAUUAUUCCUCAAUGACCUAAAUCCUCACGGAAUGAGUAGAGAAAUGGUUUUUAAUGGGUGGCAACACUGCGGAAGAUUAGAAAUGAUGUUCGAAAGAGCGGAGCAGAGAUCUGAGGAAUUGAAGCACAGUUACAUGCUCCUAGAUCGUUGGAAAAAUAAAAGUGACGAACUGCUCUAUUCCAUGAUACCUCAAACGGUUGCCGAUCGACUAAGAGCCGGUGAAUCUCCACUUAGCACCUGUGAGACUUUUGACUCGAUAACCGUUUUAUUCUGCGAACUCUGCGACUUCGAUUAUUCCACUAUUGAAGGAGCCAUGGAUAUCGUCUCCUCCAUGAACGCAGUCUUCUCAUGUUUUGACUCAUUGAUGGACAAUUUUAACGUAUACAAGGUAGAAACCGUGGGCCGCGUUUACAUGGCGGCGAGUGGGGCUCCAGACAAAACGGAACACCAUGCCAAACAUGUCGCAGAUGUUUCGCUCCAGCUUAUAACCCACGUUCGUUCGCUGAAGCUUCCAUCCGGUCUCGAUAUUCAGAUUCGAAUAGGUAUUCAUUCGGGUCCAGCCGUCGGUGGAGUCGUAGGGAUCAAAGUACCGCGAUAUUGCUUCUUCGGGGACACGGUCAACACGGCGUCAAGAAUGCAGACAACUAGUCAGCCGGGAAAAGUGCAAAUUUCACCCGACACCAAGCAGCUUUUGCCACCGGGUCGUUACAGGACAGAAUCACGAGGCAGCGUAUGGGUCAAAGGCAAAGGUGACAUGGAGACUUUCUGGUUGUACGAAAAUGAAGCGACGUCGGAUUCGAAUGACGAAGACUUGCACAAUCCUGGUGGCGUUCUAGUCACUAGUGUAUGAGAGAAGACGGCGUGGUCCAUCACCGAUUUGCAGUCAUCGCCUUUAAAAUGUUACGUAAUUUGGAAACCUUAAAUUUGUUUCAACUUACAGACUCGGUACUUCGUUUCUAUCCUCAGAUUUUCCUUGAGGGUCAAUUGCGCGAAAAAAACGUAACGACACGGUUCCGUUGCAGAACGCCAGCAAAACUCAUUCACCAUACCAAAGUAUAUAAAUGAAAAAAUGAUUGUAACUUACUGUACAUAUUUUAAAUAAUGACUUUAUUUUAAUGCAACAAGAUUUUCGAUUAUCCACGUGAUGUUUAAGUUGACUAAAUCAGCUACAAAAAGUAAUAAUAUCAAUGCGAGUGCAUUACUUGAUAAUUAAAUACGUUAGUUAUUUUCGGACCAAUUAUGAGGAAAAAUAGAAAAUAGUGUAACGACACAUGAAAUUUAAUUUACGUGAAAUGGAUCGACAGAUACCAAAAUAAAUAGUUUAUAUU